AUGGACAAUAACGUGGGUCAAGAUUCAUUUGAUAAGUCUAGGGUUUUAAAUGUUAAGCCAUUGAGGACUCUUGUUCCUGUGUUCCCUUCACCAUCUAAUCCUUCUUCAUCAUCAACUCCACAAGGUGGUGCUCCUUUUGUUUGUGCUUCUCCUGCUGGUCCUUUUCCAACUGGUGUUGCGCCUUUUUAUCCAUUCUUUGUUUCGCCGGAAUCUCAGAGGCUUUCCGAACAGAAUGCACCGAACCCAACCCCGACCCCGAUAUCUACUGCUGUUCCGAUUAAUUCAUUCAAGACCCCACCUCCGGCGACAAAUGGAGAUGUUGGUUCGUCAAGGAGGACUAGCCGGAAUCGCGCUGCGCAUCUCACGGAGGAAGAAGGGUACAAUAUUGCUGAGAUGAAUGAACUUGAUGUAGAAGAUGGAACUGGGAAUGGGAGUUUGAAACGCAAGAGGGGAAGACCGAAGCGUGUUAGCGGUGCUGGUACUGGUACUGGUUCUGGUGUUGGUGGUGUGGUUCCGGCUGAUGUUGAUCUGGAUGUGGUGGCUAAUGAUAUUAUUCAAUCAAUUAACCCCAUGGUUUUUGAUGUUAUAAAUCAUCCGGAUGGUAGCAGGGACUCAGUUUCAUAUACACUUAUGAUAUAUGAAGUGAUGCGAAGAAAGCUUGGACAAAUUGAAGAGUCAACUAAGGACACUCAUGGAGCUAAGCGGCCUGAUUUGAAGGCAGGCACAGUUAUGAUGACCAAAGGGGUUAGGAGUAACAGCAAGAAAAGGAUUGGAAUUGUGCCUGGUGUUGAGGUUGGGGAUAUUUUCUUUUUCCGAUUUGAAUUGUGCUUAGUGGGAUUGCAUGCACCUUCUAUGGCUGGAAUUGAUUAUCUGGGUUCCAAAGCAAGUCAAGAGGAAGAGCCAUUGGCUGUUAGUAUUGUCUCAUCUGGAGGGUAUGAAGAUAAUACUGACGAUGGGGAUGUGCUGAUUUACAGUGGCCAAGGUGGAGUUAAUCGCGAGAAGGGAGCAAGUGAUCAAAAGCUUGAAAGGGGUAAUCUUGCAAUGGAGAAGAGCAUGCAUAGAGGUAAUGAUGUGAGAGUAAUUAGAGGUUUGAAGGAUGUAAUGCAUCCAUCAGGGAAGGUAUAUGUCUAUGACGGUAUUUACAAGAUUCAGGAUUCAUGGGUGGAGAAAGCAAAGUCCGGUUUUAAUGUAUUCAAGUAUAAAUUAGUAAGGAUGCCCGGACAGCCUAAAGCAUAUUCAACAUGGAAAUCCGUUCAACAAUGGACUGAUAAGUCGGCUCCAAGAACCGGGGUCAUAUUGCCUGAUCUUACUUCUGGGGCUGAAAAAGUGCCUGUUUGUCUUGUCAACGAUGUUGAUAACGAGAAGGGCCCUGCAUAUUUCACUUAUAUCCCCACUCUCAAGAAUUCGAGAGCAAUUGCUCCUGAGGAACCUACUGCUGGAUGUUCUUGUAUUGGUGGAUGUCAACCUGGAAAUUACAACUGUUCCUGCAUUCAAAAGAAUGGAGGUUUACUUCCGUAUUCUGCUGCUGGGUUAGUCGCAGAUCUAAAAUCCGUGAUACACGAGUGUGGUCCUUCUUGUCAAUGUCCCUCUACUUGCCGAAACCGGGUUUCCCAAGUUGGCCUGAAAUUUCGUUUGGAGGUGUUUAGAACCAAGAAUAAAGGUUGGGGUCUAAGAUCGUGGGAUGCUAUUCGAGCUGGAACUUUUAUAUGUGAGUAUGCAGGGGAAGUCAUAGACAGUGCUAGAGUGGAGAUGCUUGGUGGUGACAAUGAAGACGAGUACAUUUUUGAUUCCACACGCAUCUAUCAGCAGCUGGAAGUGUUUCCUGCUGACAUUGAAGCUCCGAAGAUCCCAUCCCCGCUUUAUAUAACGGCAAAAAAUGAAGGAAAUGUUGCUCGGUUUAUGAAUCAUAGCUGCUCUCCAAAUGUGUUGUGGCGUCCGAUUGUACGUGAAAAUAAACAUGAAUCAGAUCUCCAUAUUGCUUUCUUUGCAAUUAGGCACAUCCCUCCCAUGGUGGAGUUAACUUAUGAUUAUGGGAUAAACCUUCCUCUAAAAGCUGGUCAGAGGAAAAAGAAAUGCUUAUGCGGAUCUGUGAAAUGCAGGGGUUACUUUUGUUAA